UUUAUUAUGAAAAAAAUGGAAUUAACCUCCAAUGGCAGCUUGCUCCCUAUGAAUGAGAUCUGUCGGUGGUUAUUCCAAGCUCAUUGGAACUACAGAGACAGUGUCAUUGACGUGGCAACAACAAUCUUUAAAUUGAUUGAUAUUUUUCUUCUAAUUUUGUAAUUUCAUAAAAUACAGACCUCAUAUUGCUGCAAACCUUGGAUUAUAAUCUCCUUUAUGAGCUGGAUAUAUACUAUAUCUAGAUAGCAUUCUCUAUAUAG